CCCUCUCCAUUCUUUUCUCUUUCUCGCGUGUCAUACGGCAGCGGCGCGAGCCCUGUCCAGCGCGCGCGCGGCUCCCUUGCCCGAGGAGGAGGAGGAGGACCCGAAGGGAGCCGCUGAGGGAGGCCCCGGCGCCGGGCCCGUGGAGAGCUGAGCACGAGGCAGAGAAGCGCCGCGGCGGGGGGCGGUGGCAGUGGCAGUCGUAGUGAGCGGAGUCGGUCCGUCGGUUCAGUCGCCAGCGAGGCGCGGCGGCAACAUGAGCAUCGAGAUUCCGCCGGGUCUGACGGAACUGCUGCAGGGCUACACGGUGGAGGUGUUGCGACACCGGCCGCCGGACCUCCUGGACUUUGCCGCCGAAUACUUCUGCCGCCUAAGGGAUGCCCGAGACCAGCAGCUGCGAGAGCAGGAGGCCCCCCCGGGGGGUAGGGGCAAAGGGGUCAACUUCGACGGGGAGCCGAUGCAGACGGAGUCCAAUGGGGAGGACGAGCGCAGGGAAGCAGUCGACGAGGACGAAGAAGAUUCCGACUUCGAGCCUCCUGUUAUCAACAGAUUCAACAGAAGAGUAUCAGUCUGUGCAGAAGCAUUCAAUCCAGAUGAAGAUGAAGAAGAUAUAGAACCAAGGGUAGUUCAUCCCAAAACAGAUGAGCAGAGAUGCAGGUUACAGGAAGCAUGUAAAGAUAUCCUCCUCUUCAAAAACCUAGAUCAGGAGCAGCUGUCUCAAGUUCUCGAUGCCAUGUUUGAAAGGAAAGUGCAACCUCAAGAACAUGUGAUUGAUCAGGGAGAUGAUGGAGACAACUUCUAUGUUAUUGAACGAGGAUUGUAUGAUAUUUUUGUAGCACGAGAUGGUCAGGCUCGCUGUGUUGGCCGCUAUGAUGAACAUGGAAGUUUUGGGGAGCUGGCCUUGAUGUACAACACUCCUAGAGCAGCAACAAUUGUUGCAACAACAGAAGGAGCCCUUUGGGGAUUGGAUCGAGUGACGUUCAGAAGAAUUAUACUGAAAAACAAUGCAAAGAAAAGGAAGACGUUUGAACUAUUUAUUGAGUCGGUGCCCCUCCUUAAGUCACUAGAGCCUUCAGAGCGCAUGAAGAUAGUUGACGUAAUAGGGGAGAAGACGUUUCAAGAUGGGGAGCGUAUCAUUUCUCAGGGUGAUAAGGCAGACAGCUUUUACAUAGUAGAGUCUGGUGAAGUAAAAAUUUUGAUUAAAAGCAAGACCAUCACAGGCAAGGAUGCAAACCAAGAGGUGGAGAUUGCUCGGUGUAAAAAAGGACAGUAUUUUGGAGAGCUUGCACUUGUUACCAACAAACCCAGAGCAGCCUCUGCCUAUGCGGUUGGGGACGUUAAAUGUUUAGUUAUGGAUGUGCAAGCAUUUGAGAGAUUACUUGGGCCCUGCAUGGACAUUAUGAAGAGGAAUAUAACACAUUACGAGGAGCAGCUGGUGGCGUUGUUUGGUUCUAGCUUGGACCUGACAAAUCCAGGCAAUUAGGCACAGAGUCCCUUAGUGCCUUCUGAGUUCAAGACACAGAAAAGCCUCCCGUUAGCAACAACGCAGCACCACACAAAUGAAAAAAGGACACUACGGGACAGUGGCUGUUGGUGUCGUCUUGGGCAUUUUUUAGAAAUCUACAUAGGUCUCAGCACAGCUGGAUGGGUCAAGGCUUGCUCCAGACCCACUUUGCUGCUGAAAUUUCAUUAUUAGACCUAGCUUAUUGCUGAGUCUCUUGAUCCUCCUUUCACUUUGCUUGGUUCAGAAUGGCAUGUCUCUCCAACAAUUCAAGUGCCUGAUACAAAGAUGUGGAGCCCUCUUUGUUGUUGUUGUUUUUAAAGAGAAAGAAAGAAAAGAGAGCUUUGUAAUUGGUGAUUUGGGAUAGCAGGUGGGUCUUCCUUCUUUUGGGGACAGCCACCUCCUUACAGUCUGUCUUUUGACACUCCCCCCCUGCACCCCGAACAGAGUAUCCAUGUCUGCUUUUAAUUAUGGUGAUUUGCUUGGAUUUGAAAUAGUUGGUAAUAUUGAUGAGGAUAGGACAGUGCUGGAGCUAGUGAGGUGGCUAGUUCUGAGCUGCUCCUACCAUCUGCUGAAUAUGGCAGGUGCCACAACCUUGGACGGUUCAAGAGAGAGCUACCCAGACAGUAAUGUGCGGUGAAGCAAAAUACUGAAUUGUGAGCCGUAUCUAUAAUGGCAAGCAAUGUUUUUUAUAUCUUUAAGGCUACGGUGGAUUGAGUGGUAGGCCCUAGGAUCCAGUGGCCCCAGGUGUGUUGCCGCAGUAUUGUUCUCCAAAAGGUUACUUGCCUGUUUCUUCAAUGACUGAUGUGAGGUCUGAUGGGAAACAGCUGCACGUGACCCAAAUUCCUGUUCAUGAGGAUUCUUUAUACUCCUAGAUUUCGCAUGGCACUGCCUCAAGCAGAAUCAGUUUUAAUGCUCUCUUUUUUAAAAAAAGAAAAAGAGGUUGGUUUUUUUGUAAUUUAAAGAAUAUUUAUGUACUAAGGGGCGCUUCCUUCAACUGUAAUAUUUUACAACAUUUAACAUGAUUAGGUACACAAUUUCCAAUUGCCAAGUCUAUUUGCUAAAUCUUUUGAACAUUAGCAACAUUUUACUCCCAAAGUGAGUGACUUUUUUUUUUAAGGUAAAAUGAAAAAAAUCUCAUUUACUAUGGGCAAUUGAUAUGUAGAAGGAGAGAUCAUUUUUAGCUAAGAUUCAGUUGAUCGUUCUCUACCUGCAAAGUCAGCAGCAUUUUAAAAAGUGUCUGUUUCUAUACCAUUACUUACCAAAAGUAACAUCACAAUUAAAUUUUAUCAAAGUAUUAACAAGAAUCGAACCUUAAAAUAGGUCUCUUUAUAGCAUUAAAAAGAACAUUCUGAAGGCAUUGAACCUGUAAGUAGUAACAAUAGUAGUCCAUUUCACUAUCAGUGUUUCUCAGCAUGUUAUCAACAUGUCUGUUUGGGAGAGAGAAUUUUUCACUAAUUGUGCAUUUUUGAUUGAUAGAAUAGGCAAACCUUAGCUCCAUUGUGGCCCUGCUAUCUUAAGUCUUUCUUCAGACAAGCCAACCAGAUUUAUUCUGCAUCACAGUUGCCAGCCAACUAUCUUCAUUUAUCUUCAUUUGUGCAUCCUACUACCCCAAGCACUUCUGCAUCUGGAACCCUGAAGUCUUUUAUCCCUGUCCACUGAAGAGGCCGGGGGAGAGGGAGCCUGGCCAAAACAAUUUUGCUUUGUAGUAUGUACGAUUUAUACAAAACUGUAUUGUCUCCUUUUGACAACACUUUCUAGAGUUCUGUUUUGUUUGAGAAUUCCACAUCAGAAAGAACUGACCUGAUGAGAGGGAAGGGUGGGGAUGUAAAGGGAAGCAUGUGCCGAACUCAGAGUGAGAUGGGAGGGGCCAUGUGGGGACUAAUCUUUAGACUUCCUGCAGAAAAUAAUUUUCUUUACUUUUGUGAAGGCAGACAAAUCUAAGGGCUGAAUUGCUCAACCUCACAUUGGGCUCAUCUUUUUAAUCUGCGCAAAAUUUGUGUUCAUCUUUGUGCGUGCAGAUGGUGAACUGGUCAAAUGAACCACUUUGUCAUGAGCACAACUUGGUGGUAUUCCAGUCAUGACCUGUGCGAGCAUUCUGCCCGCACAUUUAGCCAGGGCAGAUUUUUUUUUGGUCUGUCAGAUUUAAACAUGAGGCCAAUUUUACAUUCAUGUGGUUUGCCCUUAGCACUGGAAAGAGAUCAGCAUUACUUCUUAAAAGUAGCCAUUUGGGAUCUAACAAUUUGGUUGUUGUACAAUUAAAUGAUUUGUUGUGCAAUAUUUAGAGUGGAAGCUAGUUAGAACAAUCAUGUAGAGAUGUAUUACUUCCCACCUUCCAAUCCAGUUGGGGUCUGGCAACGUUGUCUAGGAGUGGUUCAAUUCCAUCUUUGAACCUUGGCUGCAUGAACCCCAUAUGGCUUUUAUUUAAACAUCUCUUAAAUAUCUUGAAUUUUGUUUAUUCUCUUGGUAUUGCUCUGUGUUAAGGACAAAAGAAAUCUUGUUGAUACACGUAAGGUAGUCUGCUGUAUCUAGCUUUAAUAAGAGAACUCAGCAGCAAGGUCACAAACGAGUGAUGUCUCUUGAGACUCGUGUCUUUAAACUUUCUGCUUGUCAUUUUCAAAGUUGCUGGGAGGAUCUUAUGGUGUCCUGGUGUUAUUUCUUUUAAUGUCACAGCACAGGCUUUCAAAAUGUAUUUUUUAAAACCCUGUCUUUAAAAAAAAUCAGCAAGAAAGUGCAGUUUUGCACAAAGAAAAAGGACAACCCCUUUGAAUGUCAUUUUUUUCCUUUUCAGUUCGUUGUUCUUAACAUGUCUAUGUAAACCAGUCUUGCCAAAAAUACAAAUUUUCUGGGUUUUUUCCACUUCAGUUAGCUUUCUGUUGUUGAGUGCUGCCGGUGGUAGUGGGGAUCUGUUUCAGUUGCUCCAACCACAUGUUUCAUUUGAGGAGGCUUCCUCUGUGGUUUCUCCCUAUACAGGCUAUAGGGCUCUGCUGGACCUUGGUCACCCAGGAGAAAGAAUGUCCUUGAUCUCUUAGAAGCAUGACACACACAGUUACUGAGCCUAGCUGAAGCUAAACCACAUGCUACAAAUGCUUUCCUCCAGUCACAAAAAUAAUGUUGAUUUUGCGUAAAGAUGCUACCUCAAGGCUCCAAGUGGUUUAAAUGUGUCUUGCCUGUGAGAAUUCCACAAGUAGGUUCUGAUAAAUUGUUCUGUUGCAUUAAUACGUUUUUUAAAAAAUUUGUUGUAGGGGCUUAUUUUAAUUCAUUUUUACAGCUAGUAUUUGAUUUUUCAAAAAAGGGUGUGAAGAUUUUUUUUUUUUAAAGAGGGAUCAGUUCUUGCACUAUAGUGUUGCCCAGGAUGGGGAGAGAACAUCUGCCAUAUAAGAUGCUGAUCUCAAUCUGAUCUGGGGUUUGACUUCACUUCCAACUAAUAAAAGCCGACAUGCCAUGUC